CCAGAUAACAUCAGUCAUCUUUACUGACAGCCUGCUUCUCUCAUGCUACAGUUUCAUAAUGGAGCCAUCAGGGGGCGGGACUUCUGCAGAUUCAAAAGCCUGAUGGUGCUGCCGUAAGUGACAGAGAACAACAGAGACAUUAAAGGGGCAGUUUGGUGGCUGAACUGCAGACAUGACGAGACAUGACCAGCAGUAGGAGACGUGGGAACUGAUGCAAGUUUAUCACCGGCUCUGCAUCUGACAGAAGGGUUGGACUUGUGGAGAUAGACAGCCUGAAGUGGUGUAUAUCAAGGAGAUAAGCUACAUCGAUGAAGACACCUGGCAUGGCGGUAUUCAAGCAACAGAAUGUGGAUGAUUUCUAUGAAAUUGGAGAGGAACUAGGAAGUGGGCAGUUUGCAAUAGUCAAGCGCUGCAAAGAGAAGAGCACAGGCGCUGAAUAUGCUGCCAAGUUCAUCAAGAAGCGCCAGAGUCGGGCCAGCAGACGGGGCGUAAGAAGAGAGGAGAUUGAGAGGGAAGUGGGCAUCCUGCAGGAGCUCCAGCACACCAACGUCGUAGCGCUGCACGACGUGUACGAGAACCGCACGGACGUGGUGCUUAUCCUGGAACUGGUCUCUGGAGGAGAGCUGUUUGACUUCUUGGCUCAGAAGGAGUCUCUCAGUGAAGAGGAGGCCACUCAGUUUAUCAAACAGGUCCUGGAUGGAGUCCAGUAUCUCCACUCCAAGAGGAUCGCACACUUCGAUCUAAAGCCUGAGAAUAUAAUGCUGCUGGACAGGAACGUUCCCCUGCCCCGCAUCAAACUCAUAGACUUUGGACUGGCGCACAAAAUAGAAGCUGGGGCAGAUUUCAAAAACAUUUUUGGCACUCCCGAAUUUGUUGCUCCAGAGAUAGUCAACUAUGAGCAACUGGGAUUGGAGGCAGACAUGUGGAGCAUUGGAGUCAUCACAUAUAUACUUUUGAGCGGCGCGUCGCCUUUCCUCGGAGACACAAAGCAGGAAACACUGGGGAACAUCUCUGCCAUGAACUAUGAGUUCGACGAAGAGUUCUUCAGCAACACGAGCGAGCUGGCCAAGAGUUUCAUCAAACAACUUCUGGAGAAGGACACUAGAAAACGGCUGACCAUACAAGACGCCCUCAACCAUCCCUGGAUUAAGUCCUGUGGCCACAUAGAGGAGGACAGCGCCGCCCCUGAGGCUGAGAAGAAACUGGAGCAGCUGAAGUCGAAGCGUCUGAAGGAGUACACCAUCCAGCUGCAUUCCAGCAUUCCCCAGAACAACACAUAUGCCAACUUUGAGCGUUUUGCCCACGUGGUGGAAGACAUUAGUCUGAUGGAGACGGGGCUAUCAGAGGUGGCAGGAUCCCACCACACUCUCCAGGGUGACUUAGAGGCACUGCUCUCCAUCUACAAUGACAAGGAGGCCUGGUACAAGGAGGAGAGUGAGACUGCGAGGAAGCAGCUCUCCCAGAUCCACUAUGAGUUUCGUAAAGUGGAGGCCACUAGGAGGCUGCUGCAGGAGGACAUGAAAGCCGUAGAUGCCAGUCUGGAGAGUAUCAGCGGAAAGCACAACCAGAGGCAGAGCCAGCUGGACGCUCUGAGGCAGGAGCUGAACUCUGAAAUGCAGUGGCUGCAGGAGGUGAUGAGCUCUCUGCAUCCAGAAGGAGCCAACGGCAGCAUCCACAGCAGCAGUCUGAACAUGGAUGUGAAGCAGGCACUGAAGGAGCUGCUGCAUCAGUCCUGUGGAGGGGAACUGUGCCCUGAGGAACAGCCACUCACAGAGUCUGGCUAAGGCACACGGAUGAAGACACGCUUUUAUUGAACUUCAAGCUCUUAACAUGUUUUCGAAAAUGAGUCUGUUUGAUUUCAACACAGUGAUUUUUUCAGCAACACAAAUUUUUGAAUGUAUAGCUUUAUAGUCUUUACAUUUACUUUAUUGCUUUUGUGUUCUGUAAACAAUACUUUUCAGUUAAAAGAGUAGUUCGUAUACAAAUAGAGUUGUGUGGAAAUGCAUAUUUACUUUCUUGGCAGGAGUUAGAUGAGAAGAUGAAUACCACUCUUAUGUCUGUCCAGUAAAUAUGAAGCUACAGGCAGGAGAGGGUUAGCUUAGCUUCGCACAAAGAUUAGAAACAAGGUUAAACAGCUAGCCUAGCUCUUUCUGAUUGUAAAAACAAAAAUAACAAAAAACUAUCAGCGCUUCUAAAGCUCACUAUUUAACUUGUUACAUGUUGCUUGUCCAAGCAUUACAAAAGCGAAGUGUGAAAACAAUGCAUUGUGGUUUUAUGGGGAGUUAUGUACAGGACUUUUUUGGCCAUGUGUGGUGACUGAUGACACUGCUUCAGGAAAUUGUUAGUGCAGCACAGAACCCUGCGUCAAGUCAUCUUAACACUACGUUUUUUGUUUGGGUUAAACAAAUGAUAUACAACAUGUACUUGUUGUUACAUUUGCAUCUAGAGUCAGGCUAACAGCUAGUUGAUAGCUUAGCUCCCAGUCCUUAGCUAAGCUAACUGCCGUCUGGCUGCAGCUUCAUAUUUAACAGGCAGAUAUAAGGUAUUGAUCUUAACUCAGCAAGAAAGCAAAUAAGCACGUUUGACAAAAUGUCAAACUAUUCCUUUAAGUGGCAAACUGCGGCACAGUAUUAGGAAUUAUUCUGAACUUGAAGUGAUAUUAACAGACGAUUAAACUUAUGCACUGCUCUUUUUGAUGAAGCGGGUUUUGUGGCUUUUUAUUUUGACAGCUUAGUGAUAAUGAAGGUAAAUAUUGGUUAUGAAUGUUUUUAUUGUGUCAUGGUCAGACAAAGACACAGGAUAAAAUGACGGUUCUUUUCAGUGGAAUGUAACAGAAGUUCACAACUUUUGGUUUAUUAUUUCAUUCCAGUCUAUUUUUUUAGACUGUACAUUGAUGUUUUUUUUCCAUUUGUAAAGUAACUUUUGAAGUUAUAAAUGAUUUUUUUCACAUUAUUUCAUAUAUAUUCAAAUGUACCCUUUUAAUGAAAGUUAAUGUUUUUAAUUUUUUUUGAAAAUCUUUUUUAUUUCUUUCUUGGAGAUGUUCUAUGAGCCGACAGGAAAAACAACAUCUAUGAUAAGAUCUUGUGUGUUUAACAAUGCGUCACUUCUUUAUCAGUGUUUUUUGUCUGUUUUUUUUUAGCAUCUCAACAGAUAUAAAUAGACACUUUUUGGUCUUGCCUUUGAUAUGCACACUGUUGUCAAAAGCACUGAAAUAAAUGUUCAUUAUUUAUUAUAUAUCCCAUCAAAACUGUU